AAGAAGAAAGCUGCGUGUCCAGGACUUGGUCUGUUUUACACUGUACUGUCUGCCUUCCUUUUCUCAGUGGCCUCUUUAUUUCUUAAAAAAAUAGAAGACGUACAUUCAGUGGAAGUGAGUGCAUUUCGAUGUGUUUUCCAAAUGGCAUUCGUUCUUCCUGGUUUAAUAUACUACAAAACAGGGUUUUUGGGACCAAAGGGUAAAAGAAUUUUUCUUUUCUUCCGAGGAGUCCUUGGCUCUAGUGCAAUGAUUCUUCUCUACUAUGCUUUCCAAGUCAUGCCGCUAGCUGAUGCCACUGUUAUAACUUUCAGCAGUCCUGUUUUUACAUCAUUGCUGGCAUGGAUCUUUCUCAAAGAGAAAUACAGUAUUUGGGAUCUUCUGUUUACCCUCUUCGCAAUCACUGGAGUGGUUCUUAUUGCCAGGCCACCAUUUCUGUUUGGGUCGAACGUUACAGGGAUUGAAGGAAGUUACACAGAUCACCUUAAAGGAACUAUAGCAGCAGUUACAAGCACAGUGUCCGCAGCUUCAACUUUUGUUAUACUGAGGAAGGGCUGGCCAUGCUGGUAGCAGAUGUGGAACACGGACUUCAGCAAUACAGUUAUCAAAAGAAUGUUUCUGUGGUCAGAACUGCCUGUCUAUCCAAAGAAAAGUUGUGGCUUUACGUUCCUGCAGAUGCAGGUAACUUCAGGGUGGAACAUACAUAGACUUCUAUGGUCAUAACACUUCUGUAUAUCAGAAUUAAUAAUUUCUUAUGUUAUGUGAGUUACUGUUUGACAAAAAGGGG